UUUUGAGACGUUCGAAAGUACAGUUGUAGGCUAGGCCGUUGUGCCUUGUAUAGAACGAUGUGUAGGGUUUUUACCGGGUUUAUCCUUGCUGUGCUAGCAGCUUCCAACGCCUUCGUUGAGGCCGAACGUGUAGUGUGCUCAUUCACGAGUGCAGCGGUGUACAGAAGGGGCGAGUAUGCGUUCCAAAUGACAGACAUACCAGUGUCACUGUGCACCCACGUCGUCUACGAUCGUUUGGCAAUUGAUUUGUAUUCUAAAGUCACUCCGUACUUUACUCUCACCAAUCCCGACGCCGAUGAGCCGUUGGAUGAAUUUGAAAAGUUUUCCGCACUAAAGCGAACCAACCCGCAGUUGAAGUUGAUCAUUUGUCUGCGCAGUAUAUUUAUUGCUCAAGUCGCGUCGGAACCAGACCAAAGAAGAGCUCUUAUAGAAAGCCUCAUCCAGUUCAUGUCAACGUAUAAUUUGGAUGGUGUUGAACUGUUUUGGGCUGAUGAAAGGUUCAAAUCUGAGGAAUCGCUCUACCAGUUGCUAGAGGAGGUUAAGAGCGGCUUCCGGGCAGCCGGCCAUCCGACGUGGGAAGUGACCAUACUCAUUGAUAUCGACCAUCGCGGUCUCGAUCAUGCACGGUUGUGUAGGCAACCUGACUUCGUACAUGUUGUAGGUGCGGGCGAGCGUAAUCCAAAAUAUCACAACAAAAAUACGAAACCAUCCGCCAACACAUUGAUCAAUAUAGAUGGCAAGACAAAUUUUACUCUGGAUGGUGCCCUGCAGUACUGGAUCGAUAAAGGCUGUCCUGCUCAAAAGAUCGUACUUGGGGUGGCGUUUAUAGCACAAGUCUUCAAAUUGGAGAAACCGAUUUUUAGACCAAACUUUUAUGUUAAAGACUUAAGAACAUUCUGCACCCUAACGGAGGAUAGACCGUUUUGCUCUUACAUAGAGCUGUGUCGGUCGUUUAAUGAAGGCGAUUGGACGAUGGGCUGGGACGAUACGGCAGGGCUGGCACCGCACGCGUUCAGUUCCAGUUGGUGGAUAGCUUACGAGAAUGAGGCUUCAGUUGGCCGGAAGGGCGAGAUCGCGCGAGAGAAAGGUUUGGCCGGGGUGUAUGCUGUCACGCUGGACAUGGACGACUAUCGGGGCAAGUGUGGGACCGUAUACCCGUUGAUGAAUUCAUUGAGCGGUUCAUUUAGCAAGAAGGCAAAGAAUUAAAAAAACUGUAUGUAUCAUUGGAAGUGAUAGAAAAUCAUGUUCAGCCAAUGAUACGUAAACGGUUCAUUAAACGAUUCGAUAAAUGCAAAUGCAGCAAGAAACUUUGAAAUGAAUACUUUGCUUCUUGUUGUUUAUUUAGUACCAUAUCUGAUUUAUGAAUAAUAUGGCCUCAACUUCACUUUUCAAAGUCCCUUACUGACGGAAAAUUUAAAUAAUUCCUCCAGUUUUAGUACAACAAUUUUAAAUUUUGCUACAAGAUUGGCUCUAGUAUUAUCAAAAGAAAAAAUGUAGGGUAGUUCGUCAUUGUUACUCAUUGAUUUUUUGCUAUAAAAUGUCGACAAAAAAUAUAAAUUUUCUUUUUUUUUUCAUAAUACAUAAAUACAUAGAGUACAUAAAUAUCAAAGAUAUACAUGAAACAACACAUAAUUCGAGUCAUGUGAAUACACUUUAAUUUUCAUCAAAACAAAGUGACCGGUACUAUCUACAAAUUAAUCUAGCUACGAUGACCUCUAAACUUUCUCCGUACUUCAUAAUCUAAACAUUUGCCACCCAUGCUGAAUGAUAACACAUCGGUACGAUUAGCCGAAGCUGGCAGUUGCCAUUCAGUUGCUUUUGAGACGUUCGAAAGUACAGUUGUAACAGGUCCUGGUCCAUCUAGAACCAUGUGUAAGGUUUUUGCCGGGGUAGUGCUUGUUGUGCUAGCAGCUUCCAACGCCUUCGUUGAUGCCGAACGUGUUGUGUGCAGUUUCUCAAGUUCAGCAGCAGAAAGAACGGGCGAAUAUGCGUUCGAAAUUACGGACAUACCAGUUUCACUCUGCACUCACAUCGUCUACGAUAGUCUAAAAUUGGCAAUCGACGUCGAUUCGAACGACACUCCGAACAUCCUGCUCGCCAAUCCCGACGUGGCGGUGGGUGGUUGGCGAAAGUUCGCCGCACUAAAAAGCAUCAAACCAGAGUUGAAGCUGUUAAUCGGCAUUCGCAAUCCAUUAAUUGCUCAAGCCGCUUCGGAAUCAGACCAACGAAAAGCACUGAUAGAAUUACUGAUCGAGUAUAUGUCAGAGUAUAAACUGGAUGGAGUUGAUCUGUUUUGGGGUGGAUAUGGAAUACAAUCUGAGCAGUCACUCUACCUGCUGGUAGAGGAGCUCAAGAGCAGCUUCCGGGCAGCUGGCCAUCCGACGUGGGAAGUGGCCAUACUCGUAGCAAUCGAUCACGAGGGAAUCGAUCAUGCACGGUUGGGUAGGCUACUUGACUUCGUUAAUAUUAUAGGCGCGGGCGAGCGUAAACCAAAAUAUGGCAACAAUAGCACGAUGCCGUCCGCCAACGCGUUGUUCGAUGUAGAUGACCAGACAAAUAUGACCUUGAAUGGUGCGUUGCAGUACUGGAUCGAUAAAGGCUGCCCUGCGGACAAGAUUCUGCUCGUGGUGUUCUUCAUUGCGGAAGUCUUCCAAUUGAAGAAACCGAACACCGUUCAAACGCAAAUGACAUACUGCACUGUUCCGGAGGACGGACCGUUUUGCGCUUACAUCGAGAUGUGUCAAAAGUUUAAUGAAAGCGAUUGGACGAUGGGCUGGGACGAUACGGAAGGACUGGCACCGCACGCAUUCCAGACCGAUUAUUGGGCAGCUUACGAGAAUGAGGCUUCGGUAGGCCGGAAGGGUGAGAUCGCGCGAGAGAAAGGUUUGGCCGGGGUGUAUGCUGUCGCGCUAGAUUUGGACGAUUAUCGGGGCAAGUGUGGGCCCGCGUACCCGUUGUUGAAAUCGUUGAGCGGCUCAUACAGACAGAAGGCAAACAAUUAAUUAAAAUGAAAUAAAAAAAAGUUCAUGUGUUUGGUAAUGGUGCAAUGCGAGAGCAGAUGUCGAUAUGAUUCGUUAAAAGUUUCAGUAAAUGCAAAGGAAUCGUCCUUAAUUUAAGCAAUAUUAUUCAUACAUUAAAAAGAAUGCAUGAACACAUAACUG